CUACAGUCCCUCCCUAGAGAGAGAGAGACAGAGAGAGAGAGAGCUUGCUUGUUCAUUGAGACUUUGGUGCCAGAGUAUAUAAAUGGUUGCCAAGUAUUUUGCUCUCUCUGUUUGUGACAGCACUAAGACAUGGCUACCGCAGGAAAGGUGAUUAAAUGCCAGGCUGCUGUUGCCUGGGAGCCCAAUGUUCCAAUGGUGAUAGAAGAGAUCGAAGUGGCCCCACCUCAAAAGAAUGAAAUAAGAAUCAAGGUGAUAGCUACAGGUGUGUGUCACUCAGACCUGUACCAUCUGUUUGAGGGGAAGCACAAAGAUGGCUUCCCUGCUGUCUUGGGCCAUGAGGGGGCUGGGGUGGUGGAGAGUGUUGGACCUGGAGUUACCGAAUUCAAACCAGGUGAUAAGGUCAUCCCCCUGUUUGUCUCUCAGUGUAAAGAGUGCAGGUUCUGUAAGAGCCCUAAGACUAACCUGUGCGAGAAAAGCUGGUCUACUGAACGGUAUGCUCAGAUGUCCAACACUGACACGCGCUUCUCGUGUCGUGGCAAGCCAGUCCUGCAGUUCAUGGGCACCAGCACAUUCUCCGAGUACACCGUUUUGAACCAGAUUGCUGUGGCAAAGAUCCAUGAUGAUGCUCCGCUUAACCGCGUUUGCCUGCUUGGCUGUGGCAUCUCCACUGGCUAUGGAGCUGCCAUCAAUACUGCCAAGGUAGAGCCAGGCUCAGUGUGUGCAGUGUUCGGGAUGGGUGCAGUGGGGCUCGCUGCAGUCAUGGGCUGCAAAAACGCCGGAGCCUCUAGAAUCAUUGCUGUGGACAUCAACGAGCAGAAGUUUGAAAAGGCGAAGGUCUUUGGUGCCACGGACUUUGUGAACCCUAAAGCACACAAAAAGCCAAUCAACGAGGUUCUGACAGACAUGACCAAUGGAGGGGUGGAUUACUCACUGGAGUGUGUGGGCAAUGUGGCUGUUAUGAGGAGUGCGCUGGAGUCAUGUGUCAAGGGCUGGGGUGUGAGCGUGCUCGUUGGCUGGACGGAUCUUCAUGACUUCUCAGCUCGGCCAAUACAGCUAAUUGCUGGAAAGACUUGGAAAGGAAGCCUGUUUGGAGGCUUUAAGGGCAAAGACUCUAUCCCAAAGCUAGUCCUGGACUACAUGGCUGGCCGUAUAAAGCUUGAGGAGUUUGUGACACACACAGUGAGCCUAGAGCAGAUCAAUGAUGCCAUUCAGCUCAUGAAGACUGGGGGCUGCAUUCGAACUAUCGUGAAUGUGUCCAAAUGAGAAGUCAACAGCCAGAGACCUGCCAUAACUAAUGUCAAGCCAAAAUGAUUACUCUUUGUCCUGUCUUCUGCUAGCAAUUCUGUUUUUGGAUGUCCAAUUACUAAUGUGUUCUGUCUUGAACAAGAGGUAAUGCUCUAAAGCUAUAUAAUACUCUUGAAAUAAGUGUGUAGUUUUAAGUACUAUGCCUGGCCCAUUGUUCAAUGGCCUAGCUUUAUGUGGACUUACAAUAUCUAUGCAGACCAGUACAAUCUUCAGACUAAAUAAAUGCGUUUGUAAUCAUUCAA